GUGAAUGACCACCAGGCAGCGUGUGGAGGCGUGACCUGUGCCGUGCUGAGGCUGUGCUGCUGUGUGUCAUUGCUGCACGGUGAUGGCCACACGGCGGGCCUGUUAUCAGUCAGUCAGCACGUGAACAGUGUGGCGUGCGGGGCGUAGUGCUGAGUGCUGGCCCAGAGAGGAGAGUGGCAGGGGAUAGAGUGAGAGUGUUGCCGCGUGAGGGAGAGGACAGAGAGAGUUGCCGCGUGAGGGAGUGGGACUGGGAGCCGUUGGUGGUGGUUGCUGUGUGCUUCAAUAGCUUGGUGAGGCCGUGCACGCCCCUGGAGCAGUGGUGACAGGCAUGGUGUGCGGCGGGCGGGCCCCUCAGCAUCGUGUCUCCGGCAGCCAGUGACAGCUGAACGUUUUUUGUGAGUUAUUGUUGGUUCUCAGUAUCUUUCUAUUCACAUGGAGUAAGCAGCCAUGUGAGUGCUGCAGUAAAACACAAGGUGAACGAGGGGCCUGGGAAAGCUCCCUGACCCUGCUGUUUAUGUUUUAGACUGAGUAGAAUGAAUCCAGUGUGAACUUUUCUCGGGAUACUUUUUGAGGAAUGCAAAACUCUAGUCCAGAAUGGCCCUCAUCAGUCAUGGGGUCUAGCAGUUUGGUGGUGUGGCCGCCAUGGCCCAGCGAGUGGCUUCCAGAUGGGCAGCUAGAGGCCCUGACGCUGUUUGCCUCAGCGUACCAGCCAUGGCUCUGCUCUGUGGUGGCUUCCCUUGCUGUGGGCCUGGCAGGUGUGCUGCCACUCAUCUUUUUGCCCACUGACCAUGCGGCCAAGACUGCCAAUGGUGGUCUGAAUAUUCUGCCGCUGCUGCUCAGCUUUGCCGUUGGUGGCCUGCUGGGCGAUGUGUUCCUUCAUUUGCUGCCUGAAGCCUGGAGCAUGGCCCUGGAAGGAGGUGCUGGGACACAUGAGGCUUUCACUCAGGUGGGGCUGUGUGUGCUGGCAGGAAUCUUUGUCUUCAUUGUGGUGGAGAUGCUGGCGGGACACGACUCAUCCACUUCCACACCACACAACAACAACACCAAGGGAGACUCUGGAAGUGCCAAGAAGGAGGUGACUGGGUACCUCAACCUCAUAGCCAAUGGUAUUGACAAUUUUACCCAUGGGCUGGCAGUGGCAGGGUCUUUCAUGGUGUCCUAUAAGACAGGUGUCCUUACCACAGCUGCCAUUCUCAUCCACGAAGUACCACAUGAGAUUGGGGACUUUGCCAUCCUCUUGAAAUCAGGGUUCAGCCGAUGGGAGGCAACCAAGGCCCAGAUGUACACAGCAGGUGUGGGCCUCAUAGGAGCACUUGUCACCCUGUUCCUGGGUACUUCAGAGGUCCUGGGUGGAGUUCACGUGUACAUCCUUGGCUUCACGGCUGGGGGGUUCCUCAACAUCGCACUGGUGACAGUGUUGCCAGAGCUGCUGCAGGAGGAUCGACCUGCCCAAUCCUGUGCCCAGCUGCUCUGUCUCCUCUUUGGCACCCUCACCAUGGCCACUGUGGCACUUGCCUGUUAAUGGCACCUUCUCAGUCUUUCUCUUUCUCAAACUCCACCAGGCAUAAUCCUGCCUUUGCCCUACAAGGGCAAUCCUUAUAGUUUCCCACCUCACCUUGUAGUUGUCUUUUCCCUUUUCAUCCUCAUCACCAGACAGCCAUAACACCUUUCCUUUCCUUCCUUCCUUCUCCUCCCCCCCUUCCCUUCCACUGCCUGCUCCUCCCCAAGGCUCACUGGCCAUGUAUUUUUUGAAAUAAUAGUUUUAGAAAUAUGUAAUGGCAUUUUGAAUUUUUUCAUACAUUUUGGAUUUCCAUAUAUAUUUUUUAGCUGUUGAGAUUUCCAUAGUGUUGAUUAAUUUAUUUCAUAUUUUCAGAGUUCCAUAGUGUUCAUACGUUUCUUGGUUCAUCAGUGUAAAUUGUAAUUUGAUAGAAAUGGCUUUUUUUUUUUUUUUUUUUUUUUUUUUUAAUUUCUAUGUAGUAAAUGUAAUUGUACAUACAGUACAUACAUAUAUUUUAUUGGAAAUUUUGUACUGAGAGAAUUGGCAUGUUUAUAUAGAAUUAAGGUAUUACUACUUACAAGAACAAAACUACUUAUGACUCCAUUUAGAUUCCUAUUUAUCUACUUACAGACCACACCAUUAUGUUUUCAUGGAUGUGGUUGUUUUUACACACACACACACACACACACACACACACACACUAGAUUGUUUUGUCUCCAUCAUUCACAGUAUUUUGUAAUCUAUUUAUAUUUUUUUUAUUUUCACUUGACAUCAUGCAUAUAAAGUAGUUGUUAGCUACUAGUAAUGCUGCUAUUCAUAUUUUUUUAUUAUUAAUUUAGUUUUUUAUAUUUUUAUACAAAUAAUUUUGCAGCUGUGUUCCAAUCUUCUGUAGUGAUCUCUAGGCCUAUUGGAAUUUCAACAUUCCCUCCAGUCACUUCAAUUAUUUAUUUUAUUACAGCAACUUUUUGUAGUCUAAGUUACUUUAUAGUUUUCUAUUGUCUUAGAUUUUUUUUUUCUUGCUCUUUUUAUUUGUAUGUGAUGAUCAAGAUUACCUCAUACAUCUCCUCAACUUUUCAUCUCUUGGAUUUUUUAUUUUGUUUUUCAUUUGCAUUUAACAGUUUCAGUCAUUGAUGGAAGCCACUCAUGUAUUUACCUCUCUCUGAACUUUUAGGACUUUGGUAUAGUUGCUUCAAAAUCCUCACAUUGACCCACAACACAUACCAACACCAACAUUACAUAUUGCUUGCACACAAAAUGAUGGAUGAGUGAUACUAUAGCUGUGAUAUGGUCUGAGCAGUAGGUAAUGUUCAGGUGUGCACCAUUUGUGUAAGGGGAGAUAGGGGGGAGGGAGGGAACCACUGAAACAGCCUCACAGCACACUGCAUUAGGUGAGGGAAGGCUGCAAGAGCCUAGCAGUGUCUUAUGUUAGUUGCUUAGGGAUGAUUUCAAGGGUGCAUAUUAGUGGUAAGAAAGAAAUAGUUUCAAAUUCAGUUAAUGGUGCAUAAGUUUCUGCACUGAAGGUGAUAGGUAGGCUCUAAAAUAGCAUUUAUGUAACAUUUAUGAGCCUCAGAAUGCCCAUCAUGUAAUGGAUUUACUAUCCAAUUAUUGUAUAUACAUCAUUCAUCAUUAUAAUCCUAUUGGGAAACAUAAGUUAUAGUCUUAAAAAUUAUAUCAAAUAAGAUAAUGUCAUAUAAGUGGCUCUUGCUUUUGUUUGGUCUUCAAACACUGUAAAUAGACAAGUCCUGAAUAUGUAAUAUUUUAAUACUGAAAAUGGAAAUCUUGAAAUAAACUGCUUAGAUGACUUAGGUGGUAGUAGGCUAGAGCUUUGAUGGGGAUGGUGGAGGUUGGUGAUUGGUGGUGAAGCAUUAUGGGAAAGUGGUGGUAUUGACUAUUAACUUGUUAAUGGGGUGCCACUGGGAACUUACUUGCAUAGCUUUUCAAAAGCUGUUUAUAAUUUUGACAUCUACCUACUUAAUGCAUAAGCUAAUAAUUAUUUCAUUUGAUAGCCAGGAGUCUGCCUGACAUGAGCACAGGUGUCUUGUGUGAUGGUGUCUGUCUGUGUGUGUGUGUGUGUGUGUGUGUGUGUGUGUGUGUGUGUGUGUGUGUGUGUGUGUGUGUGUGUGUGUGUGUGUGUGUGUUAGGAGCACCUGGCUGAAUGUAAAUGAGGAAGCAAACUUCCUGUGUUACCACUAAGGCCCCCUUCAUCAGUCUCUUAACAGCUGUAGGAUGUUCAGUAGUAAGUUGAUAAUACCCUUGUUGCUCAGCAGUAAUUGCCAGGUAUGUAUGCAGAGUUGCAUAUCUCCCAGUGCCAAAGUCAGUGUGAACUGUAAGUUUUGACCUUAACCACCCUUAACUUACCCUGGGAUACAUGGCUGAUUGAAACACGAACAUACCUUAACCUACCUUCACCAGGCACUCAAUGGCCAACUCACAAGAGAAGGUGAAGAGCUUGAUGAGCUGUCUACUAUUCACUACAAUGUAAAGGAUGAAUGGAAAAAAUCCAGAUUGAUAUUCUGUUCUAAAUUAAGGCCAAGAGUAAAAUAUAACUAAUUGAAGAAUGGUGAGGUACAAAGUGACUCAACUAAACCUCUCUGCUUAGAAAAAAAAAAAAAAAAAAAAAAAAAGACUGUGGAUGCUGCAGAUACGGGUGUUUGUAGCAUAAAGAGGGUGAGCCGAUUUUGGGUUAACACAAAGUCCUUCAGGGUCCAUCGUGUAUUCUGUGUGGUUACUGGUGAAGCUGAGGACAAGAAUCUGCAUGCUUAGGAGGGCAUCGUUCUCCCUCUGGCAGCGUCUUGUGUGCUGCUGCUGCGGUGUGUGUGUGUGUGUGUGUGUGUGUGUGUGUGUGUGUGUGUGUGUGUGUGUGUGUGUGUGUGUGUGUGUAAGGUAUGUGAGUACACACACCAAGGCAUACAAUAAUCUCAUCUCCUCCUUGUGUGAGGAAUGAUUCUAUAUGGUCUUUUCCUACUGUAGAAUAUGUAUUAUUUUCUUAGUCUUGUUUUUCACAAAUGUACUCUUAGUGGUGUGAGGGCAGAGAAUGUGUAGGGGAUGUGCUUGGAGGCAAAGAUAAAGUGUCUUGUUGGUGAAUGAAAAAAUUAAAAUGUGUUAUAAGAGUUUUAGAGGAAUAUCAAACAAACUAUCAAGAAAUUUAAGUAAAUUAUGAUAAAUCAUAAUUUAUGGGGGGUAAAGUAUAUGUUAUAGUAUUAUUUUUAGUUAAAAAGUACUUGCUUAGUUUUAUAAAACACAAUUAUUAUGGGUAUAAAGUACAUGUAAUUUUGUAGUAAAUUAUUUUUUUCUUGUUGGUUGUGUGAAAAAAUUGUCAGCAGCUCAAAAAUCACUACACAUUAGAAAAUAUCACCUGGGCUUAAUAUGAAUGCUACAAAUACUACAUAACAUUUUUCAAUGGGAUGAAACUAAUCCAGAAACCUGGAUACUACAAUAAUACUCAUUUGGAGAAGAAUAAAAUGGCUGAUACAGAUAAAUGAAGAGCACAAAGGCAGUAGUUCAUUGUGUUGCAUCCCACCCGGUGAUGCCUCAUUAGUCUUCCACAAGUGCACACUCUGUUGGUUGGUCAGUCUAAGUUUGAGGCAGAACUGAGUGAUGCUCGGACUUUGUCUCAAUGCCACAAGCGAACUGUUUAUGAAGGUGUGUAUGAUGGUGUAUUCAAGGUCUACAAUGAAAAGUGUUUUCUGCUACACACAUAACUAGGAAACUAAUUAGAAGUGUUUGGUUGUGGCAGUAUUGUGAUGCAGAGGGUCUUCAAAUUCUGGUUUAGAAAAAAGUUUUUAGCAUCACACAUAGGUAUGCUCCAGGCAGUCUGGAAGAGCAUAGUCUGUUCUGCAGAACACUGACACUUGUGGUUAAGCAUUGGUCAGGUGAACAUGAAGUGGUAUGUUUGAUUAAAAAUAUAAAGGACAGUAUAUAUAUAAAUUUUUUUGUAUUUGUUUUCAUAAAUUAUAUCACAGUA